CCUCAAAACCCUAUUUCGAAUCUCUCCACCUACUUUCCUCUAAGAUGUCGUCAUCCGCGGCCGAGAACGGAGGCAAGAAGAUCGUCCUCCGUAGUUCCGACGGCGAGGUCUUCGAGGUGGACGAGUCGGUCGCCGUCGAGUCCCAGACGAUCAAGCAUAUGAUCGAGGACGAGUGCGCCGACAACGUCAUCCCCCUCCCCAACGUCACCGGCAAGAUCCUCUCUAAGGUCAUCGAGUACUGCAAGCGCCACGUGGACGCCGCUGCGACCGCCAACGCCGCCAGGGCUGAGGACAAGCUCGCUUCCACCGCCAACACGGAGGACGAUCUCAAAGCCUUCGAUGUUGAUUUCGUCAAAGUUGACCAGUCCAUGCUGUUCGACCUUAUUUUGGCCGCUAAUUAUCUGAAUAUCAAGUCCCUUUUGGAUCUGACGUGCCAGACUGUUGCUGAUAUGAUCAAGGGCAAAACUCCAGAGGAGAUUCGAAAGACGUUCAACAUCAAAAACGACUUUACUCCAGAGGAGGAAGAGGAAGUCCGCAGGGAGAACCAGUGGGCUUUCGAGUGAACAAUCAUGAAAAGAGGGCAUUAAUAAGAAUGCUGGUUCCAGAUUAUGUAAAACAUGUCUAUGAGACUUUCUGCUGUAUCUAUCGCACUUAACUAUGCGCUUAACCUAUGAACCUGUGGUUUUAAGUUUGGGAGUAUGUUUAAAUGAUUUCUUCUAAUGCAAAGACCCUGUUUGUGGAUCAUCUAUGUUAAUAUUACUAUGUUGCUUGUGUUCAUCUUAGUAUAUGCAUCCCUGUUGAGUAUAUCCAUUAUUCUUCCCUAGUUUACCUUUUUUCUCUUUUGUUAGUGUUAUUCAUCUUAGGGGCUUUGCCUCGCUUUCGGAAUGUUAUUCUGCAUCUGUUACUUGAAGUUUGGUUGAAAAUUAUUAUUCUUGCUUGGAUAAUUGAUGUGAUGUAUCAGGAACUUCCUUGGUAGAUUACCG